UUUGCCGGUCUGCAUCUCCUUCUCCUCUUCGCCGCCGAGGUCACCGAGGCCGGCCGGCCGGCCGCCACCGCCGCCACCCUUCCUCCAAGGCCGGCCGGGCCGCCUUGUUCUGUGGCUGCUGGCAGUGGUGCAGCGAAUCUCCCACCUCACCACCACCACCACCACCGCUAUCUGUCCGUCCAUGGCUGCGGCGACCUCCGGCGUCAGCAGGACCCAGCGCGGCGGCGGCUGGCAACAACAACGGCGACUUCGGCCUCCAAGAUCCCCAUCCCGCCUCCCGCUCAAGAUCUCAGACUACAUAUGACCGUUGUAUAUUGGAGAGCUCAAGCACUAUACUCAUCCCGCUCACAACAAUCUCUUCUCAACUCAGCAGCACCCAGCGCGGCGGCGGCGGGCAGGACUCCAAGACCCCAUCCCGGCCUCUCUUCAAAUAUGUAGGCAUCCAAAAGCUUCAAGACCUCACAAAAAUCUCCCAACUCCCAGUCGUCGGACUAGAGCCUGCCUACAGCCCCACCCACGCAUCCGUUCAGCGCCGGCCACCAUAACUUCACUGGAGUCGCCUCCUGCUUCUGCGCCGCGUCGCCGGCACUGACAAGGCUCUGAACCUGCUGCUGCUGCUGCUAACGCCGAUACAAUGCUGGAGCUGGCGCAGACGUGCCUGUGAGGACCGCGUCUUCCUCGCUGCUGCUGCUGCGUUGCUGGUCCUGGGUGCUGAUCAGGGGCAAGCUCGUGAAGUGCAUCUGUGUUGGAGGAGUUUCUUCCGAGAGUUCCAAUGGCGGAGCUGGUGGCCGCCAUGGCCAUCCGGCCACUGGUGUCCAUCCUAAUGAGCAAGGCGUCCAGCUCACUCCUGGAUGAGUACAAGGUGAUGGAGGGAAUGGAGGAGCAGCACAAGGUUCUCAAGCGCAAGCUUCCAGCCAUCCUUGACGUCAUGACUGACGCCGAGGAGCAGGCAACGGAGCAUAGAGAUGGCGCCAAAGCCUGGCUCCAGGAGCUCAAGACUGUGGCCUAUGAGGCAAAUGAAGUCUUCGAUGAAUUCAAGUACGAAGCACUCCGCCGUGAAGCCAGGAAGAAGGGGCACUACAGAAAGCUUGGAUUCGAUGUAAUAAAGCUAUUCCCUACUCACAACCGUAUUGUGUUCCGCUACAAAAUGGGUCGCAAGCUUUGCCGGAUUCUGAAGGCCAUUGAUGUCCUUAUAGCGGAGAUGCAUGCCUUUAGGUUCAAGUACCGACCACAGCCGCCGGUGCCCAAGCAGUGGAGGCAGACGGAUUCUGUUAUCACCGACCUGCAAGACAUUGCCAGCAGAUCCAGAGACAAGGAUAAGAAGAAUAUUGUCGCUACACUACUUGGUCAAGCUAACAAUGCAGAUUUCAUAGUCGUUCCCAUUGUUGGAAUGGGGGGCCUUGGCAAGACCACAUUAGCGCAGCUCAUAUACAAUGAUCCUGAAAUUCAGAAGCAUUUCCAGUUGCUGCUCUGGGUUUGUGUCUCUGAUACCUUUGAUGUGAACUCCCUGGCCAAGAGUAUAGUUGAAGCAUCUCCCAAUAAGAAUGUUGAUACAGACAAACCACCACUGGAUAGACUUCAAAAACUGGUCAGCGGACAGCGGUAUCUCCUUGUAUUGGAUGAUGUUUGGGACAACAAAGAGUUACGUAAGUGGGAAAGGCUGAAGGUAUGUCUUCAGCAUGGUGGCAUGGGCAGUGCAGUGUUGACAACAACUCGUGAUAAACGAGUUGCUGAAAUUAUGGGUGCAGAUAGGGCAGCCUACAAUCUCAAUGCUUUGGAGGAUCACUUCAUAAAGGAAAUUAUUGUGGAUAGAGCAUUCAAUUUAGAGAAUGGAAAGCCUCCCGAGCUACUCAAGAUGGUUGGUGAGAUUGUGAAGAGAUGUUGUGGCUCUCCAUUAGCUGCAAGUGCACUGGGCUCUGUACUUCGUACCAAGACCACCGUGAAAGAAUGGAAUGCUAUAGCAUCUAGAAGCAGCAUUUGCACUGAGGAAACUGGAAUCUUGCCAAUACUCAAGCUUAGCUACAACGACUUGCCAUCGCACAUGAAGCAGUGCUUUGCUUUUUGUGCUGUAUUUCCAAAGGAUUACAAGAUUGAUGUAGCGAAGCUGAUCCAACUAUGGAUCGCAAAUGGCUUUAUCCCUGAACACAAGGAAGAUAGUCUUGAAACCAUUGGACAACUUAUUUUUGAUGAGCUUGCUUCAAGGUCAUUCUUUCUGGAUAUAGAGAGGAGUAAAGAACACUGGGAGUAUUAUUCCAGAACAACAUGUAAAAUCCACGAUCUUAUGCAUGAUAUUGCAAUGUCUGUUAUGGGAAAGGAAUGUGUUGCUGUGACUAUGGAGCUAAGUAAAAUUGAGUGGCUUGGAGAUACUGCUCGGCAUUUGUUUUUAUCAUGUAAAGGAACAGAAGGUAUUUUGAAUGCUUCUUUGGAGAAAAGAUCCCCUGCCAUUCAAACACUCAUAUGUGAUAGUCCUAUGCAAAGUUCAUUGAAGCAUCUAUCAAAAUAUAACUCUUUGCACGCCUUGAAGCUCUGUAUUAGAGGCACAGAAUCAUUUCUUCUGAAAUCAAUGUAUCUGCAUCACCUGAGGUACCUUGAUCUCUCAUACAGUUCUAUCAAAGCACUUCCUGAAGAUACAAGUAUUCUAUAUAACCUGCAAGUGUUGGACCUUUCCUACUGUAAUCAUCUUGAUCGACUUCCAAGGCAAAUGAAGUAUAUGACUUCCCUCCGUCACCUCUACACUCAUGGAUGUUGGAACUUGAAGAGCAUGCCUCCAGAACUAGGAAAACUCACUAACCUGCAGACGCUGACAUGUUUUGUGGCAGGAGUUCCUGGCCCUGAUUGCAGUGAUGUUGGAGAGCUGCAUGAUUUAAAGAUUGGUGGUCAGCUAGAGCUACGCCAGGUAGAGAAUGUUGAAAAAGCAGAAGCAGGAGUGGCGAAUCUUGGAAACAAGAAGGAUCUCAGAGAACUGUCGUUAAGAUGGACAGAGGUUGGCGAGAGCAAGGUGCUUGACAAGUUCGAACCUCAUGGUGGGCUGCAGGUUCUGAAGAUAUAUUCCUAUGGAGGAGAGUGCAUGGGUAUGCUGCAAAACAUGGUUGAGAUCCAUCUUUUUCAUUGUGAAGGAUUGCAAAUUUUGUUCAGAUGCAGUGCAAUCUUCACUUUUCCAAAACUGAAGGUGCUUAUGCUAGAACAUCUGUUGGGUUUUGAAGGAUGGUGGAAAAUAGAUGAGAGGCAAGAAGAACAAACAAUAUUUCCUGUGCUUGAGAAGUUGUUUAUUAGCUAUUGUGGAAAGUUGGUAGCAUUCCCUGAAGCACUAUUGCUGCGAGGACCUUGUGGUGAAGGUGAUUAUACAUUGGUACGCUCAGCAUUUCCUGCCCUGAAGGUGCUCAAAAUGGAAGAUUUGGAGAGCUUUCAGAGAUGGGAUGCAGUCGAAGAGACUCAAGGAGAACAGAUAUUGUUUCCUUGUCUAGAGAAACUGUCAAUUGAGAAAUGCCCAAAGCUGGCAGCAUUACCUGAAGCACCAUUGCUGCGAGGACCUUGUGGUGAGGGUGGUUAUACAUUGGUACACUCUGCGUUUCCUUCCCUAAAGGUACUCAAAAUGGAAGAUUUGGAGAGCUUUCGGAGAUGGGAUGCAGUCGAAGAGACUCAAGGAGAACAGAUAUUGUUUCCUUGUCUUGAGGAACUGUCAAUUGAGAAAUGCCCAGAGCUGAUAAAUUUACCUGAAGCACCAUUGCUUGAAGAACCAUGUAGCGGAGGUGGUUAUAGAUUGGUACGUUCAGCCUUUCCUGCCCUCAAGGUGCUCAAAAUGAAAUGCUUGGGGAGUUUUCAGAGAUGGGAUGGUGCUGCCAAAGGUGAACAAAUAUUUUUUCCACAGCUUGAGAAACUAUCAGUUCAGCAAUGCCCAAUGUUGAUAGAUUUACCUGAGGUACCAAAAAUCAGUGUGUUAGAAAUUGAAGAUGGCAAGCAAGAGAUCUUCCAGUUUGUGGACAAAUAUUUGUCCUCAUUGACCAAUCUGAUACUGAAGCUAAAAAAUACAGAAACACCAUCAGAGGUUGAGUGCACUUCAAUUCUACCUGUGGACAACAAGGAGAAAUGGAACCAGAAAUCCCCUCUGACAGUUGUGGGGUUAGGAUGCUGCAACUCAUUCUUUGGACCAGGUGCACUAGAGCCGUGGGGCUAUUUUGUACACCUUGAAAACUUGGAAAUUGAUAGAUGUGAUGUGCUCGUCCACUGGCCAGAGAAUGUGUUCCAAAGCAUGGUAUCCUUGAGGACAUUACUGAUUAGAAACUGCAAAAAUCUGACUGGAUAUGCACAAGCUCCUCUUGAGCCGUUGGCGUCUGAAAGGAGUCAGCACCCGAGAGGUCUGGAGUCUCUUUAUUUAGAAAACUGCCCAAGUUUAGUAGAGAUGUUCAACGUCCCGGCAUCUCUCAAGGAAAUGUAUAUUGAUGGGUGCAUUAAGCUUGAGUCCAUAUUCGGCAAGCAGCAGGGCAUGGCAGAGUUAGUCCAAGUAUCUUCUAGCAGUGAGGCAGACGUGCCUACAGCUGUAUCAGAGUUGCCAUCCUCACCCAUGAAUCACUUUUAUACAUGCCUAGAAUAUCUACGUUUAGUUGGAUGUGGAAGCUUACCAGCGGUUCUAAGUCUGCCUUUGUCCUUAAAGACCAUACGGAUUGCUGGCUGCAGUAGUAUUCAAGUCCUAUCAUGCCAGCUGGGUGGGCUCCAGAAACCAGAAGCCACUACCUACAGAAGCAGAAGUCCUAUCAUGCCACAGCCACCAGCAGCAACUGCAAGAGAGCAUUUACUUCCUCCCCAUCUCGAAUCUCUAACAAUAUGGGACUGUGCUGGCAUGUUGGGUGGGCCUCUCCGUCUGCCUGCACCCCUCAAGACACUGCGCAUUAUUGGCAACAGUGGGCUGACAUCGCUGGAGUGUCUGUCGGGAGAGCACCCCCCAUCGUUGGAAUACCUUGAUCUUGAAAAAUCCAGUACCCUGGCAUCCCUGCCGAAUGAGCCGCAAGUAUACAGUUCUCUCUGGGCUCUUGAAAUUAGAGGCUGCCCUGCUAUAAAGAAGCUCCCUAGAUGCCUGCAGCCGCAACUGGGCACCAUCGACCACAAAUUUCUAGAUGCCUGCUAUAAAGUAACGGAAUUCAAACCAUUGAAACCGAAGACAUGGAAGGAAAUACCGAGGCUAGUCCGUGAGCGGAGGCAGGCCUGCCGGAGCUGAAGCUGAAGGUCAUUCAGCUUCUAUUCAAUGACAGGCCUGAUCCCUGAUUGUUGCUCUGCUCUGCUAGGGGAAUGGCCUGUGAUUGCUUCUACAGCUGAACUGUGCCGCAGUCCGCUCUCGGUCGAGAACUGUCGGGGCCUGCGGUGUAGCGCGGCUGCUGCUGCUUGGCGUUGAGUCGGGCAUCUCUGAAUCAACAUCCCAGGCCAAGACCAUCUCAUCUUUUGUACACCAUUCCUGUCAUGUAGCCCAGUGUUGUAUCUGAAUAGCUUCUUGCACCAUACAAUGUUUAAUUUGUACACCAAAAGACUGGGGAGGAUACAAGAUGUUUGUUUUACCCAAAUAUUUAUGCCUAACAACAUAUACAAGGUUCCA